UAAUGGAUUAAAUCGCUUACGUUUCAUACCUCAUGCCCUAUGAACAAUAAUUUUUAUUUUUAUUUAACAGUAUCCAUCCGUAAAAUAGCAAAUAUAUGUUGAAUACUUUAAAUUAUUUGUACUUUAUUCCUAGCUAACUCAACUAGCGUAUGACCCAAUAUUGACUACAUUACCCACAAUUCUACUGACUCUGACGUUGCUCAUUUGUGACCAAUGACCGAGCGCGCUAGUACCGUGACUAGCAGCGAAGCAGAUUUGAAUUGUUGUGUGUUGUUGUGUCAAGACGAGAUAUUUGAAUGCGGAGCCGAAAAGACGAUUUGACUGCAGUUGUCGAAAGAAGAGCGCCUUCAGAUUGGAGCCUGUGUCCUACAGAGGAGAAGCUGCAGAGAGAUGGACCGUCGAGUGAACAGCGGUCAGCCAUUGAUGUAAUUUCUCUGCUCGAUGAGAAGUUUGAUUUUGAUGUUUCUCUGUCAUCUGAAAGCUCCAGAGCUGAAGACGAGGAUGAUGUGUUUCUGGAACCAUCGAUCCAAGGCGUUGAGGGUGCGCCUGUUAACUUGGUCUCCCACCACGAGGAAGUCGCUGUUAGAGUGCGCACGAGCUGGGAUCCGUUCUCUGGAGACCAGCUGGACGCAGUUUGCCAAGAAGCUCACAGAUUGGCUGACCAGCUUCAGAGCAGCGAGCUCCAGAAGCCUCAAGGCGUGGACAAAUUUGCCACUUCCACAGACAAGGAGCACUUCAUCCAGGACGCCGAGGCCAAGCUGGGGGCGCUCGCUCAGCACCCCAGCAUGUGCAGCCCGGUCAAGCGGCAGACUUUCUUGGUGCAGGACAGUCCCAUGAAGGACUUGCCCCCCGCCAUCCAGCACCGCCUGCAGAGAGGAAGCAGCACUGCUUCCUCGGCCCACUCGGCACGCUCAACCGGCCCGUCCGCUCGCCUCUCAACAAGACUCAGCACCUCUAGCCCGGCCAACGCUGCCAAGACCAGGACAGCGCUCCGAGGCAGAGCCAUGCUAGGCGUUGUUCUUCCCAGCAAACCAGCCGCACCCCGGACUUCCUGUUCAAACAGCAAGAGUGCAGCAGAGAGAAGCCGACUGCAACCAAUCAACAAAGUGGCACCUGCUCGAAAGCUGAGCCCGAGUCCUGGUCCUACUAAUAGGGCGCAGUCGUGUGAGGAUCUGCAAUCAGAUUCAGCGAGUGUUGCCUCUGAUGUCAGCGACUCCUCCCUCAAUUCCAGCAUUGUAGGAAAGCGAACACUAGCCCCUCCCACAAAGGUUGUGAGAAACCAGUCAGGCUUGAAGGCUCCACCUCUUCAGAACAGGAAGGUGACCGACAAAAGGAACACGUCCUCAUCCUCAUCGUCGGUGUCCAGCUUCAACUCCAGUAUGUCCUUGUCCCCGGCCAAAGGCAAGCUGAACUCCUCUGUGAACCGCAAUUUCAGCACCUCCACUGGCAACGUCAGUCGGCCUGUCAAUGAAAACAAGCGCCGCUCGGGACUUGGUGUCGCAGCGGAGCAUUCGUCUUCCAUCAUGAGCCGCCGCACGCUGUCCAGCCAGGCCAGGAGGUCAUCUGAGGCGGAGCACGUCAAGUCAGCUAGGUCCACGCCUCAAAGAAAGGCUGAGGCCACGGCCAUUCAGCCGUUGUCUUCCAUGAAAACGCUGGAGAAGACCACGUCUGUCCCCUCUGUCACCGCCGCCUCAACUCAGAUUCAAAGUAGACCCAAGGCAAAACCCAAACUUCAAGUUUCGGCCUUGCCCACACCCAGCAGAGGAGUGAGAGGUGCUUCGUCUCCAGAUGUUUCAAAGGUGCUGAAACCAAAGAGGCUCAUUUCUUUGGCCGGUAUGGACAGUGUCCCUAAAAAGGCAUUUGCAAGCCCUCUCACGCCCCCUGCUGGAAGUAGCAGGUCACCACAGCUGAAGCAGCAGCGUCCAUCUGCGCUCCCCACUCCCCUGAAACGCAGAACGUCUUCCAUCCCCAUGGCAACACCCACCAACCACGGCAGAAUUGCAAGAACGCCAGGCACCCCCGACUCGGGACACCCCUCCAGGAGCUGUGGCAGUGCCACUCCCACUGAUUCUAUCAGGACAGGACCUGUAGAUAUCCAGCGCUUCUCUCUGGAGGAGGAGGAGCCUCCUGCUGACCCACCCCCCACAGAGCCACUGCCCAACCAAUCAGAGAGCCCAGAGGCUGAGGUAUUGGCUCAAAGCCAAUCAGAGCCCAGCAAAGACCUGAUCGAGCUGGAGACCCACAAACUGAUACCAGAGGUUCUCCUCCUAGACCUUCCUGCCCCAACUCUGCAGCCUCACGAGAAACUGCUCAUCGACCUGAGCAACACCCCCGACCUCAUCAGGACCGGCGGCAAGUGCAGCACCUCAACGCAGCAGUUAAUCGACUUGAGCUCCCCGCUCAUCAAGUGGAGUCCAGAAGACAAGAAGGAGAACAACGCCCCCCUCAUCAACCUGUCCUUCUGAACUGGACAUUCCUCACCCCCGACAUCUGAGGACUUGGACCAGGACCCUAAUGGCCUUAGUGACAGUGGAGUGUUUUACGUUAAAUGUGUUUAUAUGAUGAAAACAUGGAAUGGUUCCUAACUUGUGAUCGUUUAUCUUUUAUCAUCUGGUGCUGCUCUUAUUAAUAAUUCAUAUUGAAAUAAAUGUUUUGAUUGCUUCU